AGGCUGACUCCUCAGUGCUCAGCUCCGCCCUUCCCACUCCGGGCGGCGCCGCCACCCCUGUAUCUGCGGCUCCAGCGCCAGAAAGAACCUGACAGCUUUCUGCUUUGCUCCGGCUGCAAGUGAGGCUGGGGGGCCAGAGAUCCCCGGCGGCUGCGGGUAGGAGGGUUUCCUGCCCAGGUCCCAGCCAUGGCGAUGGCAGUAGCCCAGAAGUUCAGCCACCUGCUGUCCAGCCUGUGGCACUUGGGCCAGAAGCCUCCGAAGCCAGAGCCUGUGUUCACAGUGGACAGAGCCGAGGUACCGCCUCUGUUCUGGAAGCCAUACAUCUAUGCCGGCUACAGGCCGCUGCAUCAGACGUGGUGCUUCUACUUCCGCACCCUGUUCCAGCGGCACAACGAGGCUGUGAACGUGUGGACCCACCUGCUGGCUGCCCUGGCACUGCUGCUGCGGCUGGCUGUCCUGGUGGGGAGCGUGGAAUUCCGAGAAGACCCUCACGCCCUGCCCCUCUUCAUCAUCGUCCUGGCCUCCUUCACCUACCUCUCCUUCAGUGCCCUGGCUCACCUCCUGCAGGCCAAGUCGGAGUUCUGGCACUAUAGCUUCUUCUUCUUGGACUACGUGGGCGUGGCUGUCUACCAGUUUGGCAGUGCCCUGGCACACUUCUACUAUGCCAUUGAGCCUGCCUGGCAUGCCCAGGUGCAGGCCAUGUUCCUACCCACAGCUGCCUUCUUGGCCUGGCUUUCCUGCACUGGCUCUUGCUACAACAAGUACAGCCAGAAGCCAGGGCUGCUAGGCCGCACUUGCCAGGAGGUGCCCUCUGCGCUGGCCUAUGCACUGGACAUCAGCCCUGUCAUCCACCGGAUCAUGGUGUCCCCUCUCCCUGCCGAGGAUGACCCGGCUCUUCUCUAUCACAAGUGUCAGGUAGUUUUCUUCCUGCUGGCUGCUGCCUUCUUCUCUACCGUUAUGCCUGAGCGCUGGUUCCCUGGCAGCUGCCAUGUCUUCGGGCAGGGCCACCAAGUUUUCCAUGUCUUCUUGGUGCUGUGCACACUGGCGCAACUGGAGGCUGUAACACUUGACUAUCAGGCCCGGCGACCCAUCUAUGAGCCUCUGCAUGCUCACUGGCCCCACAACUUCUCUGGCCUCUUCCUGCUCACUGUGGGCAGUAGCAUCCUCACUGCCCUGCUCCUCAGUCAGCUGGUGAGGUGCAAACUCCAUCAGAAGAUCAAGUGAAAGUGGGGUGGGCGGCAGCUGGUGGGGUGGGAGGAAGAGUUGGGGGACAAAGGGCUAGGCUUGGCUUCAGAUGGGGACAAGGCCUGGUAAAGCGGUUUACCUUUGGCCCACAGUGACUCCCGGCAUAUAGCUUCUCUCCCUUGGUGGUGCUAGCCCAUCCUGGGAUUUGGGGAAUUGACCUGGAGCUUCAGGGUCCCUGCCUAGCUCCCUGUCUUGAGAGAGGAAGAGGAAAAGGCAUGGGUCCCUCUGUCUGCUCCUCUCCUGCUUCCUAAGAGGGCAGAGGGUAGGGCUCAGCUUGGGUCAGGACCCUUGUUUGGGACUCUUGGGUUGUUGGGUAGGAGGUGAGACUUGGGCCAGUCACAGUUGAACUGAGAGGGAGGGGAGACCUCAGUAGCCACCCUCUACCAGAUUCACUGGUGGAGGGGAAAGGGGCAGGCUCGAAGAUGGGUAGCAUUUUAAUCUUACUGCCCCUUUGUACCCCAGCCUGAACUGCUGAGUCCCAGAGAGCCCCAAAUGUAGAAGGUCCCCUCCACUACCCACAUCCCUUCAUCACUACCCCAGACAGUAAGCCCCACAUCUAGUUUUGGCCCUAUGUCCCACGCAGCUGUUUCCGGCUUCUCUCCUACAACCCUUAUUUAUGAUUCCACAAUAUAGCUACUGAAUUCAGUGUUUCCUAGUACUCUGCUAGGCCCCAUGGAUGAGUGCAAGAAGGCAAAGGCUUCCGUACCAGAAUGAGCUGUCAAAGGAAGCUCCCUUGGUCUGGGAAGAGUGAAUAGGACUUGAAGAGCAUUCCAGGCAGAGGUGGGAAACCUGUGCAGAGGCCCAGAGAUGCAGAAGGAGAGUUCAGUUGGGACUUGAAGUUAGCCCCAUGUCUGGUCUCCGAUACGUCCUAAACACAACAAAGUGACUAUGGCAACAGCUGUCCCUGCCCCUGCUUUUUGUCUCCUGUUUCAGGAAGGGGCUCCUGUUCACAAGGUUUUCAAGAGGAAACUGAAGGGCACCGAGGGGUGGAUCCUGUGGAAUGGGAGCAGUUCCUGUUUUAUUUUUACUAAUUAUGUAUGUGUGUAUAUGUUUACGUAUAUACAUAUAUAGUAUUUCAAGGAAUCAUUUAGAAGUAGCUAAAAUAAUAUUUAAAAUAUGAGAGUUGGGAAUGUAGCUCAGUGGUAGAGUACCAGUCUGAGAAACUUAGAGAGACCCUGUCUCAAAAUAAAGGAAAGGACUUAGGGAUGUAACUCAGUUGUAGACCCUUUGCAUGAAGCCCUAGAUUCAAUUCUCAGUACUGAAACAAGACAAAAUAAAGACAAAUGAAUAUGCACUGUCCCUCCACUGACAAAAUAUUAUGGGGGUUAUUGUGACAUGUGCUAACAGAUAUUUUAAUAUAUAUGAAAAUUUAUAAGAAAUACACACCCAUACACACUGGUUAGGCAUGGACGUUUGGGUGGGAUGCCUACAUUUUUUACACUUCCCAAGGACUUUCAUAAGUGUUAUCUCUCUUGAUCAUCAUUAAAAUCCAACAUCCUACACCAAGGCCUGAAAGUCAAUGGUUUCU